UGCUUAGGGGCAAGUAGCCUAUGCCAAUAGGCAGGAUAAAAACACAGGCAAAAUCUUCUAAGUGUACAACUUACAAGUUACACUACCAUUUCUACAAGAAAAAAGCAAAAUGGUGUCGUACGUCUCUGCGUUACUCUAUGGAGUUGGAGGAAUUGUAGUAGCAGGAAUGGGACUAUUGGUUGCUUUUCAAGAGCGUCUCGUCUAUGUACCAGUAUUGCCUGGUCUUACAAAGUCGUACCCAAUCACUCCUGCUCGUUUGCGCUUGAAUUAUGAAGAUGUUUGGCUCAAAUCUUCUGAUGGUGUUAAACUUCAUGCUUGGUUCAUUAAGCUUUUCCCUGAUUGCCCAGGUCCAACUAUUCUGUUUUUUCAAGAAAAUGCCGGAAAUAUUGCUCAUCGACUUGAUAUGGUUCGGAUUAUGUUACAAAAUUUGCAUUGUAAUGUUUUCAUGCUUUCUUAUAGAGGUUAUGGUGCAAGUGAUGGCUAUCCUUCUCAACAUGGAAUCACCAUGGAUGCCCAGGCAGCAUUGGAUCAUUUAAUACAGAGGACUGAUAUAGACACAUCCCAGAUAACUGUUUUUGGAAGAUCCUUGGGUGGUGCAGUUGGAGCUGCUCUCACGAAGAACAAUCCAGACAAGGUUGCAGCCUUGAUUCUGGAAAAUACAUUCACGUCAAUUUUAGAUAUGGCUGGAGUUUUACUUCCAUUCUUGAAGUGGGCUAUUGGUCGAAGCACUGGGAAAGGUCCUAAAGUCAUGAACUUUCUAGUUCGAUCCCCAUGGAGUACCAUUGAUGUUAUUGGGCAGAUUAAACAACCCAUCCUUCUUAUCUCUGGAUUGAAAGACGAGAUCGUUCCUCCAAGUCAGAUGAAAAUGCUCUAUGCCAAGGCAGCUGCACACAACAAACACUGCUCUUUUGUAGAAUUCCCCGUUGGCAUGCAUAUGGAUACAUGGCUUACUGGUGGAGAGCAUUAUUGGAGAACAAUUCAACACUUUAUUGAACAGCAUGUAUCUGGAAAACUACAUGAUAAGUCUAACUCCAGAAAAAACUGAUUCUCAAUCCAGCUAAGCAUUUCCUGCUGUGAAUCUGUCGAGUACACGGCUGAUUCUUUUUGUAGCCAUUGUUGAAUCGUCUUAAAGCUUUCCGCAAUGGUUUGCUUCUAGUCGAGAAUUCUACACUUGGCUAUACAUUCGUGUUGUCGAUAUUUAAACUGUUUAUGGUAAGAAAACAGUUAGUGUACAUAUGGAAAGCAGUUAUCAGCCUGUGUUAUACAUGCAGUAGAGGCAAAAUAUACAGUGUAUAGAUUCAAUCCCUCUAGAAUAGAUAUUAUUUCAGAGGGGCUGAGGCCUGAGAGUAGCAUGUUUUUUUGUCGGUAUUGAUAGUUCGACUUUUAAGUAUAAACAAAUACUAUUGAUAUUGUUAGAGGUUUCAUUUGCUUUGUUUCUCUACUAAAUCUCGAUCCUAAAAUGACUAAGAGUUGAGAAGUUAAUUUAUUUAAAGAUUACAUCCAACAGGGUUAUGGAGGAAUAUGAUGUUAAAAAUCUAAUAUGAAAAUUGUCUUGUUUUAGUGGCGAUAAGUACCAGUUUUUUCAUAUAAGUUUCGAGUUUGAUUCUCAAUGACCACAACCUAACUUGUUACCGAUAAAAAUAAAACUUAUACAAGUUUGAUUUUAUGUUAAUUGUUUUUUCAAAACACAAAUUCAUAAAUGAGACGGUUUCAUAGUGAGA